AUAACAUUUUUGGUUAAAAAUUUUAUUUAUUAAAAAAAAACUAUAAAUAGAAAACAGUUCAUUUACAAAAGCUAGUCCAACUGCUAGGCUAAUGUUUGUACAAUAAUAAAAAGAAGUACAAUCAGACAAUGUAACAAACGGGGUCAUUAUGAUGUUAUUUUCACUGCUUGUAGUUUUGUUCCACAUAGUCAUAAUUGAAUUGAUAUUUUUUCAAGGAGUCUGCCACUUUCAAGAGGUCAACAUUGCAACAUAUGCCCUCGAAAUUAUGAUAUGCAGAGUGCGGACAAAGAUUAUACAUUCUGACAUUAUACAGUUAUACCGAAUGUAACCUGAAAGCAUCUUCCAUUUUCAAAGCAGUUUCGGCUGAAUAGUGUCCAUUCUAAAUGUAGUUCUGAUUUUUGUUUCAGAUCUGAAUUGUGUUAAUGGUUGUUGACGUAAUGAAAUGCCAUCAGAUAUCAUGAUGAUUGAAUAAUAAUUUGUUGUAUGGAGUGAACCUUAAUUGUAAAAAAAAAAUUAAAACUGUAAAUGGAUUUCAGUCCAAAUGCUGCACUUUCAAUACCAUGUGUGGUAGUUCACAUAUUUUCCUAUUUGCCAAUACGAGACCUUGUUAAGCAGCAGCGUGUUUGUAAACUAUGGAAGCAAUGCUCUGAACAAAUAUUGUUUGAAAGAAGUCAAUUUGGCAAAAUUGAAAUUUUAACAUUGAUAAAAAUUCAACAACGUUAUAACAGUGAGGAUGAAUACGAGGACUGGUCAAGUAAUACUGGUGAUGAUUUUUUCAAAGAUGAUUUUAUGAGAUGGAGAGAAAAGUGGAGAAUUAUUCCAUCAUUAUUGAUGUGCGCCUCAUACUUGCCCGACAGUUCAGCUCUGAAACUUGAGAAGCAGUGGCUUCCCAAAAAUUGUAUAGCUUUGGUGUUCGAAACUGCUGGCACCAUAUGUAUCGAUGGCGAAAAAUCUCAAAUUGAAGAUGACCUUGACAUUGUUGAUGUUUCCACAUCUCACAAUUUGAUUGCACUCGCAAAUGACAUCCAGACAAAUGUUCUUUAUUUGAAAACUGGAGGAGGGAAGGAGUCGAGAGAUCUUUUUUUGUCUAAAUUUAAAACUAUACUCACAAAUGAAGCCACUAAAUUUGUCCUGGUAAUUGCUAGUAGUAGGUUCGAAAACCUGAAAACUCUGGAAAAUGACAUCAACAGCGCAACUGAAAAGGGUAUUGUAAUUCUUGGCUGUAGUUCAUGUGAAUCUCUCCUAUUACUCUGCCCAGAUGAACAUGUUAAAACAGACAUUAUUGCAGUAUCAUUAGAGGGUUCGAGUAUUAAGGCAGCUUCUACCUAUAUCAGUGAAAAUGACAUUGGUGAAGAAUUAACAGUGACAAAAUUAUAUGAUUGUAUUUUGUCACUAAAAAAUGUUAUUGAUAAAUUCUUUGAAUCAUGUCCGGCUCAUGUAAAUAAUUUAGAUGAAUUAGGGUUUUGCAAAUUAUGUCAUUCUCAAACAAUUGGAUUUAUAAUAAUGACUCCUCGUUCCAAACAAGAGUGGUAUGAAGAAUAUGAUGAAAACCCACGUCCUAUUUGCUUCAAUCAAGAGCAGGAUGCUUUUCGUGCAAUAUUUCCAAAUGUUCCUUUGUUUGGUUCAUAUGGGGAAGGAAUUAUUGGGGGUUCAAUAAAUAUACCGAAUGCAAAGAACCAUUCUAUCUUCACAGAUCCAGAAGUUUUUGCGAUGUGUUUUGGGGUAUUGGUGCUCUCAUAACAGAAUGGGUUCAGGGCUUGAGACAUUAGGUUAUUUUCAAAAUUUGUGGCCCUUUAGUCAGCCAAUACUGUUAAACCUACUGCUGCCUUGACAGGAGAGCAAUACUCAAAUAUGUGGUCAUGGCACAGCAAAAUUUCAGGAGAAAUCAGUGUGAUGGACAUUAGGAAAAACUUGUAAAAGAAUAGCCUAAAAAGAUUUUAUUCAACUUUGUAUCUAUAUUAGUAUAUAGCUAAUUAUAUUCAAAAUGUCUGGUAGACAAGGUGGCAAAAAGAAACCAUUAAAGCAGCCAAAGAAGGAACAAAAAGAUAUGGACGAUGAUGAAAAAGCAUUCAAGCAAAAACAGAGAGAAGAAGCAAAAAAGUUACAGGAACUGAAGGCAAAAGCUUCUGGCAAAGGACCUCUUUCACAAGGUGGAAUAAAGAAAUCUGGAAAAAAAUGACCUCAAGUGAUGCAAGAAAAUUUUUUAGUCACACUGGAACUCCAAUAAACACUAGAAUUGAGAAACAGGAUAGAGAUGUACAGAAAUGUUGCAGUAGUAUUGUCGCUAAACCAAAAUCAUAUUAAUAAUUUCAGUUAAUACAUGCGAUUCCAAAUAAACUUGUUCUAUAGCUGGGUAUAGUUAAUUAACAUGCUGAUUUGUACAUUUGCUGCCAAAAUAUUUUGAAUGCUUUUACUUCAUACUAUUUUUUAAAACAAGUAGAAUCUACUACAUUCUGCAAUAAAUUUUGUUGGUGACAUGUUUAUCCAGCAUUUUGUUUUUCAAUUGAUAAAACUUCUUCCUUCAGAGUCCAGACAGUGGCUUGAAAUAACUUGUAAAAGCCAUUUCGUUUAUAAUAAUAACA